AUGCCUCCCACCCCCCCUCCCCCCCCCACGCCCCCUCUGACCCUCAUAAUCCGCUUCACGACCUCCCUCCCGGACCUCCCCCUGCCCAUCGUCCACCCCCGCGCCACCACCCCGACCACGCUCGCCACCCUCAUCCGGCCGCACCUGCCCCCCGCCCUCGCCGCCUGCCCGCUCCGCCUCAUCCACGCCGGCGCCCUCCUCCCGCCCACCGCCCCCCUCCACGCCUCGCUCCGCCUCUCCGCGGCCGGCCCACCGCCCGCCCGCCUCUACGUCCACUGUUCCAUCGCGACCGGCGCGCGGCUGUCGCCCGCCGAGCUCGACGCCGAAGCCGAAAGCGCCGCCGUUGCGCUCUCCCAACACGACACCGCGGGCCGGGACGACCGAGCGUCAUCAUCUGCUCCCGCCCGCACCGCCGCCGACGACGACGACGACUACCGACCGACGCUGCCGCCCCCGGCGCAAGGGUUCGACCGGCUCCUCUCCGCCGGCCUCUCGGCGGCCGAGAUCGCCGCCCUGCGCUCGCAGUUCCUCGCCGUGCAGGCGCACACGCACACGCCGGACGCGAUGCCGUCGGGGGCCGAGCUGCGGGCGCUGGAGGAGCGCUGGCUGGACGCGGGGACGCCUUUGGACGGGGGAGGGGGCGCGGACGGGGACGAGGAAGGGGGCGGCGGCGGCGGGCUGGAGGACAUGCUGUGGGGGAACGUGAUGGGGUUUUUCUGGGCGGUGGGGGCGAUUGUGUGGUUGGUGCGGGAGGAAGGGGUGUGGACGAAGCGGCGGCAGGUGGGGGUGGUGACGGGGGUGUUGGUGAAUAUCGCGUUUUGCAUGCUGAGGGUUGGGGUUUGA